UCCAGUAGGCCUCACUUUACUGGCUUAUUGGCUUCUUUCCUGAACUGGCCCAAAAAAAGUCCAAGGAAUCGAGUUUCGAUCGGAAAAAUUCCAAAUUCAACGUAAGCGAUCCCAACAGCCAGAUCGAUGGAAGGUCCGAAGAGUACCGGAACCUUGGGUGGAGUUUUGAAGAAGACCCACGAGUUAGUCAGCGGAUUGGAUGAGAUGCAGGUCACCACCGAUUCUCUGAUAAGCCUCGGGGAGAGCGUCAACCAGGACCUGGUCAACUGCAGCAAGUAUCGCGACGAACUGGUCCUGAAGCACCUGACCGAGCACAGCAAGGACGAUCAGCAAGUGAUGCUGCUGCGCGAGAACGCGGAGCUGAGGAACACCGUGGAUGAGUAUCAGAAGGGCAUUGAGCUCAUUAUGUCCAAGUAUCGGGAGCAUAGUGAUGGCAACAUUUUCGACGAUACGUACGCGGUGAGGGAGCGCUACGUGAGCGGAAUGAGCAAGAUAGUCGACGACCAGGACGCCCGCAUCGAGCACAUGCUGCAGAUGAUGAAGCUGACCGCCGACUUGGAGGAGAUCGAUAGCGAGGGGAACCAGCGGAUCAUCCGGCAGCUGACCGGCGAGAACGAGGAGAUGCGCCGCCAGCUGCAGAUCAGCAAUGCUGAUCCGAUGCUCCAGCAGGGAUCCCUCAAUUCCAGCGAGAGCAGCACCCAGUUCGAGAUGACCGACACCCCGGACCCGGAACCGGACCAAGAUCCGGACACCUCUGGUGGGGCCUCCAGUUUGAGCAGCCUGGAGAGCUUCAUCUCCUGCCUGUCGAGGGGCAUCGACGACGGCGAGGCAUCCUCCAGCAGUCACUCGGUGAUCAGCCAGUUGGAGAUCAGCCGCUUCAUCUAUGAGGCACUGGCCGACGAUCCCCCCGAUCAGGAGAAAUCCAGCAAGGAACCGGAACAGGGGACACCCAGCAAGCAACCGGAGGAGGAGUGAGAGACCCACACUAAUCCACACCCAUUGCCCAACUUCAGAAUUCGGGAAUUGCCGUUUGCGUUGAUACAUACAACUGAACUUGUGGGUGGGUGGUGUCGAUACGAAGAUUCGAAGUUAUAGUUCGAGAUGGACAUUGUUUAGCUUUUAGAUGUCGCAACCUAAAGUAAAUUUCCAUCCCGAAGUAUAACUUUUAUCGAUCUUUUAAGCCGUCUAUAGAUAUGUACAUUUUUGAUUAGUAUUCAUCUACUAAACCUUAUCUGCUUGUCACAUUUCUGUAUUUCGAGAAAGGAGUACCUUGUCACUUUCAUAAAUAUCUAUAUACAAUUUUA